GUGCUGCGGCCCUCGACGCGGAUGCCCCCGUGUUUUACCCGGAGAACCCCCUUGGGGCAGCUGCGGUGUCCGUGACUGAUCCUUUGGCCACGUCGCAGCGGACGUACGAUGGACAGUUAGUAUCCUACCAGGAGCUGGUCAAUGCACAGAACGGCUCGAUUGCGAAACUGAACAGUAUCAUCGGGAGGCAUGCUGCGUUCGCUGAGGUCGACGAAAACUGCCACAGCCGCCUAGCCGCAGUGGAGACGGAAUUGGCGGACUGCCUGGUGAGAAUCCCGACGCCUGAGAAGACGAUUUCUUUUAUUUCACAGACGCUGAAGGACGUGAUCCCCUCGACUGUCUCGGAGGUUGUCUCCUCUUCGACGCCCAGUGUCUUCGAGAAGGCCACCGCGCCGAUAGCGGGAGGGCUUGCGGCAUCAGUCAGCCGCUGCACGAACGAGCGGCACCAGGAGCUCUCGACGUUGAUCGACGAGCU